CCCGGCGUUUACACGCAGCGACGGCUUCCAGUCGCUAGACAACGGAGGCCAAUCGCUUCCAUAGAGAUAAUUAUACGCAGAGGUUGGCGCCCCCGUUGCCCCGCGGUUUCUCUUUAGUCUCGCGAGAACGAGCGUCCCGUCCCCCCCUCGUGAGACAGCGCGUUCCCCUUUUCCCUCCCCUCGCAAGCAGGCAUGGAGGAAGGCGAAGGCUGCGAAGAGAACCUUUUCUCCCUGGAACUGCUGGUGGAGUCGGCGCGCGUGGAGCCUCGGCUUCUCCCGACGCCGCUGCCUGCCAGUGGACCCUUCCGCCCGGCGGUGGCGCUGCGGCUGCUGGACUUCCCGACCCUCCUGGUGCGCGCCCCGCACUCGGUGCCGGGCCCCCUAGUGCCCUUCGGGCGGGGCAAGUCCUGCCUCUUCAGGCUGCGGCCGGACGCUCUGAAGGGCCUGUUGAGACGCUCCCCGCUCUACGCGCUCCUGCUGGCGCUCCCCCCACGCCGGGACCCGCCCGCCUGCUCGGGUCCUCCAGUGUCUCCCUGGCGCCCGCCGCCGAAGCUGUUGCUGGGGACUGGCCCAGGGGGGCGAAGGGGCCAGUUCCCGCUGCGGGACCUGAUGGGGGAGCCAGUGGGGGAAUUAAGUCUGAGCUAUCGCCUUAGCAACCUGGGCUCCUCCUUGCUGGGGCACUUAGGACAGGGGGCGGCCCCAGGGGAGCCUCACAUUCAGCAGCAGCAGUUACCCCAUACACUUGGUACCCACAACGACAGAGGACUCAACUUGGAGCUCAUCCCAGAAGGAGAGGAGGACCAGCAGGACCCUGCCCUAGAAGGUAGCAGCAUGGGGUCCUUCAGUAGCACCCUUACAGAACCACCACCCCACACCCCUGUUUUUCAGGAGGCAGCCAGAGAGCUGGAGAUUGAGGGCAAUGUCUUCUGCCCCCCACCAAUGUACUACAGCCGCCCAACAGAAAAUCCUCUGUCCCCACCGAAAGCUACAGCGUCUGUGUUUGUGACAGUGGCUGCAGCUCGUGGAUCUUUUCCAGAAGAAGAAAUCACCUUUCCUGCUGCUGUGCCUAUUAAUAAGGAGCCUUCAAAUAGCAUCCAGGAGACUACCUCCUCAUCCCAAAUACUUGGUAGCCCUGAGCAGCUCAGGCAAACCUUGAGCCAGCUGCCUCUGCUGAAUGCUUUGUUGGUGGAACUUUCCCUGCUGAGCAGCCAGCCCUUGCAACCAGGGCCUUCUACUGUACACCCCCAAUUAGCAUGGCUAUACCAAAAUGUAGAAGAUGGUUCAAAAGCCCCGCCCCCAAGUGACAAGAGUGUAUGUCCCUUCCAGGAAUAUAAAAAGACCAGUCCUCAUCGCAAAGACAGAGGAAGAUCUCCUAGCCCUAAGUUAAAAAGAAACCGCCCAGAUCAUUUAAAAUGCAUGUAUCCCUCCAUGCAAAUUAUCUGCCCUGGUAAAGGAUUCACAAAAGGAUUCACAAAACCAGCAUUAUUUGAAAGAAAUGGCAGCCCUGAUAAAAAUAAUACUAAGGAAAACUCUCCCCCUAGAAGAAAGCUUACUUAUGGCCUGACAAACACUCUAAGACUUCGUUUGCAGCGGUCCAAUCCAGGUAUGUUGAAAAUGCAUGAAAAAAGGGAACAUCGUAGAAAAAAACAAGGAGACAUAUCUAUUGAAAAGAAAGGCAAAUGGUCUUCAACUAAAGGAAAACUGUUCCAAAGCUCUCCUGAACAUUAUCCAAAGUCUUCUGGGCACUUUGAUGAAAAAAGCAUCUCUGAACAAAAUGCUCAAAUAAAUGAAAAUGUUGAGACUUUAAUACAAAGCAAUAUUGACCAAGAUUGCUGUACCACCAUAAAGGAAGUAACUUAUGGUCUCAAAAUAAAAGAUGCAGCCAGCAGUGUGAAGAGUGAUGAAUAUGCAAAACGAAAGGGGUCAUUGGAAAUUAUUGGCUCUGCUUAUAAAGAAAAGAGUUUGAAAGUCCAUCUGCCAAGAGUUUCUUUACAGGAUACCGAUGCACUUGAAAGUAAAAUUGAUACAGAAGUAGAAAAAUAUGUACAGCAUGAUGAUUGUGAUAUUUCAUCCCAACAUAAUGAUGGCCAAAGUAGCCAUGGACUUAAGAAUUCAAAUGGUGGGAUUGGUAGCACUGAAAACACGGCCUAUUCAGAAGAUUUCACCAACGUUGACAGUUCUAGCACAAGCUUAGAAGCUCAAGAGAGCAGCUCUGAACCUUUACUGAUAAGCCCAGAUCGAAGCCAAUCUGUCAUAGACUCAGAUUCUAAAAUGUGUGAAAGAAGUCUGACUGCUGAAAGUAUUUCACUUUCCCUUCCAAUUUUCUCAGCUACAUCUCCUCUCCAGUCUUUUAAAAAGACCUGUGGUUUAAAAUCUAAUGAAAAAAAUAUAGGUGCUGCCCUCAACAAACCUGAUAAUAAUUCUCUUCCUGUAAGAGUUUUAAAAGAGGAACCUGCAGGUCAGCAGGCCAAGAAGGAAGAGAGCAAAAUUAUCCAGACCUUGAGGGAUAAACAAGUUCCCUCUAACAUAAAUUGUAAUGAAGAAAAAGGCCAAUCAUCUGUGGAAAAGAGUCAGUCAUUAAGGACGUCUCAAGUUAGUUCUUAUUUGCCGUCCAAUGUGUCUGACCUUGAUCUUAGUGGGUUAGAAGAAAGCAAUGCAUCUGAAAAAGAAAAAGAGAAUGACUUUGAGAUAGUGGAUAUUACUAAUCAGUGUAGACACAUCAGUGAAUUAGUAGUAAGCAAACUUCCAGGAUACACAAUGUAAUUACCAAUAAUAAUGACUGGAUCAAAGUGAAAAUGUCUUUAUUUUUAUAAGCAAACUUGUUUUACAAUUGUUUUUACUAUCUUUCAUAAAUAACAGAUUUUGUUUUAUAAGCAACGGGUAUGCACAUUGUACCAUUGGUAUUUUGAGGUGAACAGUCUAGAGCCUGUAUAAUUAACCCUACAUUGUUUGGACUAACACACAUACAUACACACACAUUCUACAGUAAGCUGCUUUUAAAACUCAAGCAAGUUUCAAAAACUUGUGAUUUGACAGAGGACUGCCGUUCAAAUAUAAAAUUCUGUGGGAGGUAUGAACUAACCCAUUCUAUCAGUGUAAGGGUUUACACUUGUGCAUCAAAACAUCCCCCCUUCCCCCUGUACCCUCCUCAAAUCUGCUCCAGAGGGUUGGGGGAACCGCAGAACGGAUUCAGGGGAAGGAGGGGGAAACUCACAAGUUAAAUUCUUGCUGUUGUAGAACAAGUUAGUUUGGAUAUCGCCCAAUGUUGGAUAAAUACCCUAUGAGUAUUUGGAAGCCUUUGGGUGCACGCAAAUAGCUAUCUGAGUUGUGGGCUUAUGUCACCCAUUUUUCUUUCAGCAGUGUCCUCCCAUUUCAGGUACCACGUACAGGGGUCUUUGAUUCUUAUCAAUACUAUGGCACAAGGUAAGGAUUGAAGCUCCCCCCCCCUUGCCAUGGUCCUGAUCCAGCUUCCUCUCUUCCCCCCCCACCUAGUUGUUUUAGAAGAAUACACAAACAUGCAAGGCCACAUAAAGUAACAGCAUGACCAGUUUGGCCUUAAGUCUCUAAUGUGUGACCAUCUGGUAAAGUGGGGUGGCAUUGCUGCAAGUGCAAUUUUUUAAAAAAGAAUUUAUCCUUGUAUUUUAAGUAUUUGGGCUAGUAUGCCAAAAGCUAGAUCUUACAGCACCAGUUGCAUCCACCAGUUCAUUAGUCUCUGAAAUAACAAAGGUUUUUCUUGCAGUCAGUGCCCAGUCAGUCACAUGAAUAGCUCAAAAAUAAUUUCUAAUACUGUUAGUGCAGCCACACUUGAACAUCAUGUGAUUAUGCAGUGAUUCUACCAUCGCAGCUAACAUCCAAUAUUUGUGAUAUGUUCUCAUAGUGGUUAUACAACAUUGUGAGGUGAUGAUUGUUAUCCUGCAUUUUCCAGUGCAAUUUUCUGUCACUUUUAUCGGACUUCUUGCAAUUAGAAAAGUGACAGGGUAAUUGGACUAGAAAGUGUGGGAUAAUAACUUUAUUUUGUGGAGCACCCUGUGUUUCAUAUAUCAGUGGUACUGAUUUUUGUUAAGGACAGGAUAUACAUGCCUUAAAUAAAAACUAGUAAAACCAAUUUCAUGGGUAAAUGCAAAUGUGAUUUAUCCCUAUUAACUGUCAGGUCCCAUUUCUGUUAGUGCAUUUUACAUUGCGCCUGCCUGUAAAAUCAUGUUAGACCCUAAUUCAGGAAUGCAGAAUUAUUUAAUAAGACAUCUCAUUCUGCUGGCUGCCAAAUAGAAAAGUUUCCCACUCUUUUUUAUGGAAGUACCGUAAAUAAACAUUGAUAAGUGCUGGAUUAAGAACAAGAAGGGGAAACAAAGUUACACAUUAGGGCUGCAAUGCUAUAUUCACGUACUGGAAAUAAGAGCUGUGAACUCAUUGGGGCUUAGGUCUGAGUAGACAUGUAUAGGAUAGCACUAUAAAUGUAUUAAUUUAUUAUUUUAGCUACACAAAAAGUGUGAUGACUGGCCAAAUAUUCACUGCUGUCCAUAGGAUUGGGUUGUUAGUGCAUCAUUUCUAGAUGUAAGUGCUGUGUUAUAAAAAGACAAAUGUUUCUUUAGUUUCAUUAGCAUAACUCAUAUUCAAAAUGUCAGAAGUGGCAAUAGUAUCUAGUAGAAGGUAGGAGUCAGUGUUUUAAGAAUCAGAAGCAGAUCAGGUUCAGAAAAGAGAAACAAAUAUAGAAAUAAAGGGUGUGUUAUAGGAUAAAAAAGAGUUAAGGAACACUAGAACAAAAGUAGAACAAGAGCAAAGAAUGUUGAAUUGCAGGAGGAAGAUUUCAUUUAAGCUGGAGUGGGGGCAUGUUGAAUUGAGAGUGCCAUAGGAGAAGCAUUAUCAAACCACACAUAGUAAGUUUCCAUAAAUGACGAAAACUUGUUCUCUCAAAAAUAUAGGCAAAGCACAGAUACCGUGAGUGGCUCUGGUCACUCUUGCCACUUGAUAUGUUACAUUUCCUGGAAGAGGAAUAACUCAGAAAAGCCAAAGUACAUAAAAGUGAGGCAGUUUUCCUAUGGCUUACAGGCACAGGAGGGAAGGGAGAAGCAUUGACUUCCCAGGAACACACAAAUAGCGGCUUUGGCAUCUCUCCCUUUUAGUGUAAUCUACCUCUCACUUGAGAAACCUAGUCAGAGGGAAGUUGUGGACUCUCCUGUAUUAGAUGUUUUUGAGAAGGUAAUUGUUUUCAUUUAUAAUUUAAGGCUUUAGUUCUGUUCAUUUAUAAUUUAAGGCUUCCAUCCUAUUUAGGCAGGCAUAAUUACUUGUGAUCUAAGACUUCACUUUUUCAUCUUUGCUUCAUUUCAGAAUGGUUCAGGAGCUGCCCAGUCACAAAGUGGAGACUAGGCCACAGGUAGACUUCAACAUACUCAACCAGCCCUUCAUGUUGGGGCCUGGUUAUAUAGAAUACUGUCUUAAAGCAGCAGGUUGAUUUAUAAGAGCUUUGAAGUUCCUUUUGUCCUGUCUUUUAAAAACAGCUUGAUCUUCCUGUCCAAUUAAUUUCUUGUGCUCUGCCAUUUUAAUUUUCAUAUAUUCGUUACAACUUACUAAGAUGCUGAGAUGUUUCCACUGGAUGUUAACCUAGUUUCACCAAGACAGCCAUUCAUAUAUUAAUAUUCUGAAUAUAUUUAGUAUUGGGCUGUGUUUUAUAAACUUUUAGUACCCAAUGAUUUAUAGUAUUGGGUAAAAACAAAAGGAUUCUCAAUUUUUUCAAGAUCGAAAAAUUCCAAUUUAUUUAAUUUCAUUUUUUUCUUUCAAACGU